CCCAGGCAGUACUUCAUUGGUGUGCUGGACAUUGCUGGCUUCGAGAUCUUUGAUUUCAACAGCUUCGAGCAGCUGUGCAUCAACUUCACCAAUGAGAAACUGCAACAGUUCUUCAACCACCACAUGUUUGUGCUGGAGCAGGAGGAGUACAAGAAGGAGGGGAUUGAAUGGGAGUUCAUUGACUUUGGGAUGGACCUGGCUGCCUGCAUCGAGCUCAUUGAGAAGCCCAUGGGCAUCUUCUCCAUCCUGGAAGAGGAGUGCAUGUUCCCCAAGGCAACUGACACCUCUUUCAAGAACAAGCUCUAUGACCAGCACCUGGGCAAGUCCAACAACUUCCAGAAGCCCAAACCUGGCAAGGGCAAGGCUGAGGCUCACUUCUCCCUGGUGCACUAUGCUGGCACAGUGGACUACAACAUCUCUGGGUGGCUGGAGAAGAACAAGGACCCUCUGAAUGAAACUGUCAUUGGGCUGUACCAGAAAUCCUCUGUGAAGACCCUGGCCUUACUCUUUGCCAACUAUGGUGGAGCAGAUUCAGAGGGUGGUGGUGGUGGUGGCAAGAAGGGAGGCAAGAAGAAGGGUUCUUCUUUCCAGACUGUCUCAGCUCUUUUCAGGGAGAACUUAAACAAGCUGAUGGCUAACCUGAGGAGCACUCACCCCCACUUUGUACGCUGCAUCAUCCCCAAUGAAACCAAAACACCUGGUGCCAUGGAGCAUGAGUUGGUGCUGCACCAGCUGCGCUGUAACGGGGUGCUGGAAGGGAUCAGGAUCUGCAGGAAAGGUUUCCCCAGCAGAGUCCUCUAUGCUGACUUCAAGCAGAGAUACAGAGUGCUUAAUGCCAGUGCUGUUCCAGAAGGUCAGUUCAUGGACAACAAGAAGGCUUCAGAGAAGCUCCUUGGGUCCAUUGACGUGGAUCACACCCAGUACAGAUUUGGUCACACCAAGGUGUUUUUCAAAGCUGGGCUGAUAGGUGUGCUGGAGGAGAUGAGAGAUGAGAAACUAGCAGAGAUUAUGACCAUGAUACAAGCCAGGUGCAGAGGCUUCCUGAUGAGAGUGGAGUACCAGAGAAUGGUGGAGAGGAGGGAGUCCAUCUUCUGCAUCCAGUACAAUCUCAUUUCAUUCAUGAACGUCAAGCACUGGCCAUGGAUGAAGCUGUUCUUCAAGAUCAAGCCCUUGCUGAAGAGUGCAGAGUCUGAGAAGGAGAUGGCCAACAUGAAGGAAGAGUUUGAGAAAACCAAGGAAGAACUUGCAAAGUCUGAGGCAAAGAGGAAGGAGCUGGAGGAGAAAAUGUCUUCUUUAAUGCAGGAGAAAAAUGACCUUCAGCUCCAAGUGCAGUCGGUGACUGAUGCUUUGGCUGAUGCUGAGGAAAGGUGUGACCAGCUCAUCAAAACCAAGAUUCAGCUAGAAGCCAAAGUAAAGGAAGUGACUGAAAGGGCUGAGGAUGAGGAGGAAAUCAAUGCUGAGCUGACAGCCAAGAAGAGGAAACUGGAGGAUGAAUGUUCAGAGCUGAAGAAAGAUAUUGAUGACCUUGAGCUAACACUGGCCAAGGUUGAGAAGGAAAAACAUGCCACGGAAAACAAGGUCAAAAACCUCACUGAGGAGAUGGCAAGCCUGGAUGAG